UAGGAAAGUCUAAGUAAAAAAUCAAGUGCAUUUGUUUGUAGUUUGUAGUCAAGUAGUCAAUGAAAGUAUUUAAAGAAUCGAUUUAUUUGGACUGAUACAUCGGAAAAAACUGUGCCGCAAUUUCAACGAAAUUAUUAUCGGGGGUGCUUUUUGAAUUCGUGACGAGUAUCCAUUGCUAAUAAUAAGUGGAUGCUUUAUGCAAACAGAGGAACUUAAUUGCGUAGCGGAGUCGACUGGCUGUCUGAGAUAAUUUUCAACCGUGUAUGGAGAGAACAAAUUCGUGUCGUUUUAUUCGCGGAACAACCUAUCCGCGUAAAAAUAAAUUAUUACUAGUUACGUUAAAAAAUCAGUUUAUCAAUCAAAUUUGUCCAUCUAUUUUGUUUAUACGAGGUGCGUAAUGGGGUGAAUAUUUUCAUUUACACAUAAAUGCUUUUUGGCCUGGGAGUAAAGUAAUAAAAUUUUGUAAUCCACUGUAUAUAAUGUAGAUUAAGUUUUGGUGCACGUAGGUAUAAUUUGUUGUAGGUUUAAAUUUAGAAUAGAGGGAAUAUACUUUGACCGGAGACAGACGGUAAAUUUUUAUCAGUGUGAAGUGCAGAGUGCGAUUGAGGUCGUUCAGAAGCUGGAAUGCGAAUCGCAGGUUUUUAACGCGCACGAUUUACGACAUUGGGAAAUAUUUUAAGUCGUUUAGGGCAAUAGUACCCACUAAAAGUGUAAACCAAAGCAAGUGUAACCCGAUCAAUUACUAGUUAACCGUAUUACGAAGCGCGGAAGAAACUGCGUCAUCAUUUCACGUGCAAAAUAUCGAAGUGGAAAGUUUCCUAAAAUCCAUCUAGCAGAGGUGACAAAAUUCAAACGACCAGAAGGUGGCCAUCUACUACGUCAAUAAUUGGCGAGUCUCAGAAAAAUUCAAAGGUUCAACAUCGACCGAACCAAGUUCAACAAACUCCCGCUGAAUCAAGAGACUUCCUUCAUAAGAUCGUAUCGUAUCGUAGGUAUACGUUUUCAAGACGCAUCAACAGCCGUCGUGGUAUGGCUGCCGACCGCCAGCUUUGCAUGCCUUCCGGAGCAUGCGAUUAUACGUGGGAAUAAAGAACCAACCUUCCGCAAGGUAAAAGUCAUUGAAAAUGUAUUUAUCACUGAGCUAGCCGUGUGUCGUAAAUGAUAACAUUCAUUUUUAACAAGUGGGAUUUCCAACUCCUGUAAAAGUAACUAAGCCGUUACCAGGAUAUUUGAUCCACUUACUCGAGCAUAUCGACGGGCUAUGGUGCAGGUGAACCCAAGUACGAUUUUGACUGAUGCUAGUAUUUUUCCUACGGCUUCUUUUUUCGCGAAGCAUGAGUUAGUAAGGGGACUGGUUGGUAUAUUAUACGUGGUAUAUUCCAGUUGGAUUUUAACACAAUAUUCGAAAAAUCGAAAAUGGAUUGAUGCAUUUCACAUUGUAGACGCAAUAUUAAUUGUAGUAAGCUCUGCUAUACGCAGAAAAUUAAUUCGAAAGGGGGUUGGUGAAGAUUAUGUAUCGAUCAUUUCAAGUAUUGGAGAAAAGGUAGAUAACGGAAGAAGUGCAAAUCUUUUAAAAAUAUAUGUAUAUCGACGUAAUGUGAGACUUUUAACAUUAUUCCUGAUAAUGGUUGUAUAUGGAGUGCCAAUUAUGCAUUAUUUUGCUCUGAAGUAUAAUGUUGAUUUUGUAAGUGUCGGAGAAAUGGUCGCCUAUAACGUAUGUUUUUCAACAAUGUUUGACAUUCUGCAAUUUCUCACCAUUGUAUUCCUAAUCAAGCGCCAAUUUAUUAUGAUUAAUGGAAUAAUAAUCCGUUUGAGCAAAGAAAUAGGUUUUAACAGAAAACGUGAUCAAUUGAAACUGGAAUUAAGGAAAGUGCAAGAUAUUCAUCAUGUUCUAUCGACGAUCUGCAGAAAGCUUAAUUACGGAUUUUCUUUUCAAAUACUAUAUUUACUAACAGAAACGUUCUUGUUAUCAAUUUUAGUAAUACUUUAUGCAAUUCAAGAAUAUUGCUACAACUUCCCAAAUUCAUCAAAGCUAUUUAUGGGUUUUUUAUUUAUAAGAUUGAUGUUUCUGUUCUCACAAGUUGGUAUCAUGAUUCUUGUGUGUUCUCAAACAUCUUCCGAGGCAAAACACACAGGACUGUUAUUAUCAAAACAGCGAAUGAAUAAGACAAUUUUCCAGUUCUAUUUGCAGUUAAUUCACCACCCAAUUCAGUUCCACGCCUGUGGUUUUGUACUACUUAAUCCUUCAGUGCUGCAAUCGAUUGCAAACGUUAUACGGGGCAUUGCAAUUAUCGAUGAGGAACUCCGAACACUACAUCUAGACGUAGAUACCAAAGUUCAUUACCGCAAUACAAAAAGUUAUUCAAUAUUAUCUAUCUCCGUAUUAUUAAUCUACAUGGGUGGUAUCAUUUUCGUCAGUUGCAUCGAUCACUUAAUGAACCACAACGUAGUGACAUUAGGAUUGGUUAUUGCCCAUUCGGCCCCAUUAUUCUCCGUGUUUGCCGAAUUACAAUUUUGCGGAUUUGCUUUACUAUUACGAAAGAGAUUUUGUUGGAUCAAUAUGAAAAUGGAAGAUCUCGUGAACAAGCAAUCCCAAAGGAAUCGACCGGUAUCCAAAAGAUCAGCACUCGCUCAAAAAAACAUCAUCUUAACACUCCUACAGAAAAUAGGAGAUAAACAUCACGAAUUGUGCACGAUCACAAAGCAAUUAAAUAAAGCUUACGCUGUCCAAAUGUUACUGUUUAUGAUACAGGCCUUUUUAAUAAUCAUUAUUAUGUCCUUUUACUUAAUAAAGAUGUAUCUGUUAAAUUCAUUUCAAGAAAUUACACCGAACGAAAAGAUCGUCUACAUAAACACUCUGACUUUCCAAAUAUCUUUGGUUUUUAUUAUUGUUUUAAUCUGUUCAAGCACAAGCAAAGAGGCGAGGAAAGCCGGAAUUCUCUUGCACAAUUUGGUGUCUUUAAAUAGCGUAAACGGCGUCGAAUCUUUUGAUAUCGAAGUAGCAUGCUUUUCAUUGCAAUUGCUGCAUCAUAAUGUAAAAUUUACGGCUUGCCGACUUUUUGUUGUCGAUGAAACCCUACUGUACACUAUUUUUGGAGCGGCCACUACUUACUUGGUCAUUGUUCUGCAGUUUGAAUUCGGAAUAUCGACCGCAUCUAACGCAGCAAAUGAACUAAAGUCUGCAGCUCAAACAAUUAAACCCCAGUAACCCAUUUAAUGGGGAUAUUUUUAGUGUAGGUUUAUGU